AUGCGACAGUCUCUACGGCGAAAGUCUUGCAAUGCUUGCGCACGCUCCAAACGCCGCUGCAGUCUCAGUCUCCCCAGCUGCAGGCGCUGCGCAGCGAAAGGCGUAGAAUGCUCGUAUCCCACCGUCACGCCUGUGCCGCCUCCGCUCAGCCUGCUCCUCGGUGAUUCAUUUGACAAUGUCUUGCUCCCUCUUCAGAUGCCCUCUGCGACUGAAGCAUAUGGCAUGCAGCUCGACUCUGCAGAACAUCAUCCUCACACGGCAAACGAUUAUACGGCGCGCGCAGAAUUCUUGGCUCAUUUGAUGUCGCUGCAGUCGACGGCACUGGCUGACAAGGGAUCCAAUGUAUUCGUCCAUUCGUCACAGACUCUGGCAUCAGAUGCGUUGCGCGACGCGUUAGCUGGCAGUGCACUGCAUGCCGUCCGAAAUACUUCUAACGUGCGCUUCGUUGAUUCUGAGAUUACAAGGCGCGCCUCCAACAUUGUCGCAGUCUUAGAUGCAGCGUCACUAAGUCACGAUACCGCCGACUUGCGAAUGCUUCCUUCAGUCCAAGCACUUCUUGUCUAUCAAUGCAUACGACUGUUCUCACCAGGCAGUAUCAGCCAACAAACACAAGCCGAACGCGACAACUUUGUUCUUCAAAUCUGGGCAUCGCGAUUGCAAUUAUCAUUAUCGUCUUGUGAUGAUGACCUUAUUGGGGCGAGCUGGGAGAUUUGGGUUGAGCAAGAAGCCAUUCGUCGCACGCUACUGUGCAUAGAGCUUGCACAGGGCACCUACACUUAUCUUCGAGGGAACUGGCCCAUCGGUCUCCGGUGCAAUCACGACCUAAGAUUUAACGCGCAGAAGGCUCUUUGGGAAGCCAAGUCAGCUGCGGAAUGGCGUUUGGUCUGCGACGAUUUUGCGCAUCCCUCGCUGCCAUGCAAUAUGAUUCGCUUACAUAAAGACAUUCGCGACGCAAUGCCUGGUGACUUGGAUGAUCUAGGGGUUCUAUUGCGCGCUGCGGGCCAAGGGCUUGCCGACAUGAAUACUUGGCUUCGUCACGAUAAAGAAGCCUUGCAGCGAUGGGGCCAAGUGGGUGUAUGA